AUGACUGAGAGACUCAAGCUUCUCAUUCAGAAGCGGACGUCGUUAAAGGCUAAACUAACCGGGCUGGCGAAUGCUCUCGACAAGGGCCGAUUUGACAAUGUUACAUUAAAAUUACGCGUUGCGCGGCUAACGGAAUUGUAUCAUACGUUCGAAGAUUACAAUGACGAACUCGCGCUUCUGGACCCUGAUGACGGUCAUCAGGCCGAAUUCACAAAUAUACAAGAACGAUUUUAUUCGCUCGCGGGCAGGGCCGAGAACAUUUUAAAUCCGGCGGAUACAUCGGGCGCCGGCAGUGAGACAGCCAGCGAAGCAACUCGGGCCGAGCAGGCGAUCACCGUGGCUGCGAGUAGAAAACGAAAAAUCAAAUUACCGGAAGCAACGCUGCCCACGUUCGAAAAAUUUGAAAAUUGGCUCUCAUUUAAGAACGCGUUCGCUAACAUGAUCGGUACUCAAUCAGAUUUAUCGGAAAUCGACAAGCUGCAUUAUUUGAAGUCGGCAUUGACGGGUGAGGCCGCUAAUAAAAUAAAGAUAUUUUCUGUCGAUGGAAUUAGUUACUCUAGCGCGUGGGCACUGUUAGAGCGGUCGUACGAGGUGAAGCGUAUUUUGAUAUCACGGCACCUCUCAUUAUUAAUAAAUCUGCCUGUACUGGAAAGGGAAACUACCAGCGGUUUAACGAAGCUCGCCGACGAUGCUCAGCAGCAUAUUGCGUUACUAAAAGGUUUAGGGGUUACGGUCGGUCCCGAAAUGACAGUUCAUUUACUCGAAAGUAAAUUGCCAAGAUCUGCGAUGGACAAAUGGGAGGCAACGCUAGUACGAGACGAGUUUCCGAAACCCGAUCAAAUUUAUGAGUUCGUAUAUAAGGCGGCGGUGUGCGCGUCGCGACGCGAAAAGGCGAAGGCGUCGGAAACGGAGAAAGACAAAGGCGCGCCUCCGGCGAAAAAGACGCGAAACAAUCCCUCAAAUCGGACAUUCUUGAUAAAGACGUCGGGCAAUUGCGCAGUAUGCAAGGCUAAGCGGCAUCCACUAUACUUAUGCGAUAAGUUUAAACAGUUGUCGGUCCGGGAACGCAUUGAAACAGUAAAAAAAGCGAAACUCUGUUACAACUGCUUGCGCUCUCAUCGCGGUACUCCCUGCAAAUUCUCGAAUUGCACGUACGCAUCAUCCGACGGUAGAAAAACAAGUCUCGCGACGAUUUCCCAGUGUGCGCCGCAAUUAUUAACAAGCCCGUUAGUUUACAUUCAAGAUCGUAAACAGAAUAUCGUGAAGGCUCGAGCUUUGUUAGAUACGUGCGCCACGGCAAAUUUCAUAUCGGAGACAUUGGUGAGACGUUUGAGCAUACCGGUGAUCAAGCAUUCGAUUCCGAUUGGGGCAAUCAACGCCAUAAAAACAGAGUCGCGCGGAUUGGUACGGGUGAGCAUUCAGUCGUUGCACAGCAAUUUCGGCAAGUCCCUGACGUGCUUAGUAGUACCGGCCAUCACAGAUUUAUUGCCCUCUGAAACAUUCCCGCGAGAUAUGCUCAAGUUACCUCAAAAUAUCAGGCUAGCCGACCCGGAAUUUCAUAAACCGCGUCCUGUCGAAUUGCUAAUCGGUUCCGGAGCGACGCUGUCGCUAUUUUCCGUCGGACAAAUUGAUUUGUCAAAAGAGGGCCAUGAUCUCUAUUUACAAAAAACGCGGUUAGGCUGGGUGAUCGCGGGGGGAGCGUCAGCGCAAUCUCCGUCGGAUCCCGCUACAUGUUGCUUGACGAGUUUAGAGAAGCAGAUAGAACAAUUUUGGGAAAUCGAAGAGAACGCUCGGGGUAGGCCAAAAUCCGAUGAAGAAAUACGAUGCGAAACGUACUUCGUAGAAACCGUUUCCCGCGAGAUGAGUGGGCGUUACACGGUGCGUUUGCCGUUUCGCGAAACUGUCAGGCAUUUUGGUGAAUCGCGUAAUGCCGCGCUUAAGCGUCUAGUGUCAUUGGAACGUAAAUUCAACGCGGAUGAAAUAUUGAAGAUCGAAUAUACGCGAGUAUUCGAAGAGCACUUAAAAUUAAAGCACAUGUCGUUGGUAAACGAUCCCGGGGACGACGGAUAUUACAUGCCUCAUCACGCGGUGAUAAAAAAUUCGAGCAGCACUACAAAGGUCAGAAUAGUGUUCGAUGCAUCCGCAAAGACGAGCAACGAUAUAUCGUUAAAUGACGCGCUAAUAGUAGGACCCAUGAUACAAAACAAAAUAUUUGAGCAUCUAGUUCGCUUCCGCACGUAUACAUAUGUACUCACGGCGGACAUCGAAAAAAUGUACUGUCAGGUGCUAUUACAUGAGGAUGACCGAAGGUACCAGAGAAUCUUAUGGCGCGUAGACGGAGAAAUAAAAACAUUCCAAUUCAACACGCUCACGUUCGGCGUAUCCUCGUCGCCGUUUCUAGCAAUCCGCACGGUACAAAAACUCGCGGAUGACGAGUAUGACGCGUACCCUAGGGCAGUAGAAAUAAUCAAAACACACUUAUAUGUAGAUGAUUUGUUGACCGGCGCGGAGACGCUCGAGGAAACGCGGGAAAUUAGAGACGAGAUAAUCGCUUUAUUAGCCAGGGGCGGAUUCGUUAUGCGACAGUGGGCGUCCAACGACGAACGCAUUGUUAAUGACUUAGUUGCCAACGCGUUGCAUGCAGAGUUUUCGCUGAGUGCAGAUUGCAGUCGUUCGCUAAAGACUUUAGGAGUAACGUGGAACACACGCGGCGACAAGCUAUGUUACACGGCCCAUGCUAUUGAGACCGCGGGAAGAGUCACGAAGCGAAACGUUCUAGCAGAAAUUGCAAAAAUAUUUGAUCCAAUAGGUCUGUUAGGCCCCAUCGUAUUAUGCGCGAAAAAGAUAAUGCAAGACGUGUGGCGCUGUAAGCUGCAGUGGGACGAAUCCGUCCCGCAGAGCGUGCACACGAAUUGGAUAGAGUUCGCGCGACAGUUAGGAACGAUGGGUCGAAUCUCAUUUGAUCGUAGAUUACUAGCCAAAGAUUACGACGACAUUCAAUUUCACGGAUUCUGCGAUGCAAGUGGCGUCGGUUAUGGCGCUUGUUUGUACAUACGGUCGUGUGGGAAAGAUGGAGACCCGACUAUCAGACUGGCGUGCGCUAGAUCUAGAGUCGCACCGUUGAAGACGGUCACUAUACCUCGUUUAGAAUUGAGUGGCGCGUUGCUAUUGGCACGAUUGUACCGCGAGGCGAAAGAGGCAAUGGGUAUCAUGCCCAACGACGUAGUAUUCUGGUGCGAUUCGACGAUAGCUUUACAUUGGAUAAAAACGCCACCACAUCUACUUAAAACGUUUGUAGCGAAUCGAGUCGCAGAAAUAAGAGAGAUUACCAAUCCGAACGCCUGGCGCCAUGUAGGUUCGAACGAUAACCCGGCCGACGCAAUUUCGAGAGGUCAACUACCUCGAAUUUUCGUGCAGAAUAAAAUAUGGUUCGAAGGACCUUCGUGGUUAAAGCGAGAAAAAGGCGAGUGGCCUAAUGAGAUCACGCAAUCGAUACAAGUGCCCGAAUUGAAGAAAAACAUUUGCUUGGUGACGGCGUCCGAUAACCUCGAGAUGUUCAAAAAAUAUUCAUCGUUUUCCAAACUACUUCGAAUCAUCGCGUAUUGCCUACGCUGGCGACCUAACAAUAAGUGGUCCGGAACAUUAUGUGCGACAGAAAUUAGCGAAACAGAAAUACGGUUUUUAAAAAUGCUACAGGCCACGCGAUUUGCCAACGAAAUUAAAACGGUUAAUGGAAAAAAGGAGCUACCCGGGAAAAAUAGAUUACUUAGCUUGAGUCCAUUCGCGGAUGAAAACGGUCUCUUACGGGUAGGAGGACGUCUUCAGAAAUCGCAAUUGACCUUUACGCAGAAGCACCCAAUUUUGCUCCCUAGCCAACAUUGGUUAACUGAUCGUAUCAUUCGAGAAACGCACGAGAGGUACUACCACGCGGGCAUUCAAUUGACACUAUAUUUUCUGCGACAAAGAUUUUGGAUACUCGACGGAAAAAAUCAGGUGCGAAAAAUUGUAUGA